AUGAACGACAAAAUAUUGGAGGAUACGAACGAUCCUGGCUUACCGACCACUAUUGUUCCCCAUACUGCAGAUUUUGAUGGCUCUUCCUUUGGUGAUCGGAGUAGUAGGUCAAAACUCGGGGGUUGGAAAGGCUUAAGUAGGCACGCUCUGCGAUGGGGAAUAGAGACCCAUGGAAUAGCACCUACAAGUGAGGAGGAACGCACAGACACCCGAAUGUGGCAGAUGUUCACCGUCUGGUUCUCUGCGAUAUUAAAUCUUACAGGGAUGAGCACGGGCGCUUUAGGCCCAAUCUUCUUCUCCCUAGAUUUUCGCGAAUGCAUAAUUGUACUUGUCGUUGCCGACAUAAUAUGCUGUUUAGUUCCUGCGUACUUUGUGGUAUUCGGUCCCAAACUCGGCACCCGUACUAUGGUGCAGAGUAGGUUCUCUUUCGGAUACUAUGGCGCUAUGCUUAUUUCCACACUGAACGUCUUUUCGCAAAUUGGAUGGCUCAUCAUCAACUCUAUUGUGGGCGGUCAGGUACUCGCAGCGGUGUCUACAAAGUUAAAUGAUACCACUGGCAUUGUAAUAAUCGUGCUUAUCUCGUUCGUCCUUUCGUUUUGCGGAUACAAAACCUUACAUUGGUAUGAGACAUAUAUAUGGUUACCAAGCGUGGUGCUUUUUAUCGCCCUGCUCGGGGUUGGAGGAAAUCAGCUCGUCGCUCAAAUUCCUAUCCUGAUUUCCUCCACACCGGCUGCUGCUGCAGGUAUGCUAAUUGCAUAUGGAACUACGGCCGGUGCCUCGGAUUUAACCUGGUGCUCGUUCGCGGCUGAUUAUGGGAUCUAUCAUGAGUCGACCACACCCACGUGGAAGAUUUUCUCCUGGGCUUAUGCAGGUAUCUUCACCUCUGCAUUUAUAGGUCACAUCAUCGGCGCAGCUUUUGCCUCCGCCGCUCCUGCAAUACCCUCUUGGGAAACAGGGCUCGGAGAUGGAGAAGAUUUCGGUCGUUUCCUCGUCGCAAUCCUCGAGCCAAUCGGCAACUUUGGAAAGUUCCUUGUUGUGUUGGGUGCACUGACGGUCACUGCACCUUGUGCAAUAACCAUGUAUUCAUUUGGUGUUAGCUUGAUGAGUAUAUCUCCUAUGUUUGCCAAGGUGCCGAGGUAUAUAUACUCGUUGAUCUGUACGGCGAUAGUCAUACCGAUCGCCAUUGUGGGAGCUACUCACUUUUUCACUGCUUUUGAGGAUGUUUUGAACCUCAUCGGCUACUGGGCUACAUCAUAUGCUUCCAUCGUCCUCUGCGAGCAUUUCCUAUUCCGGAAAAACGAUUUUGCCCGAUACUCGGUGGUAGACUGGAACACGUCAUCAAACCUACCGCUCGGCGUCGCUGCCAUUCUCGCAUUCUUGUGCUCCUUUGCGGUCAUCGUGCCGAGCAUGAACCAGCCGUGGUAUACAGGACCUAUUGCAAACGCUGGAACAGGUGAUAUUGGGUUAAUAACUGGAUUUUUUGCAUCGGGGUUGUUGUAUAUGGUGUUCAGGGCUGUGGAAGUGAAGUUUAGUGCCAGGAGAAGGAAUGGGUAA